GGUGUCUCAAAUUUGAACAAUUGCCCUCUCUUUCUUCCAUCUUUUCAACUUUUUGACUGCAAAAGAUCCCACCUUUGAUGAUCUUCCAACAAUGGCAGCGGCCACCGACCUCAGAAGCCCUCUAUUACCAUCUUCCAAUGGCAGCCACCGCUUACAACCAACCGCCGUUGAUGCCCGUCCUUCGCAAGUCAUCUUGACGGUCAAUGAUGGGUAUUCGCAAUCUGGGACACCCACAAAUCAAGAUUCAAUUCGUACGGCCACCAUGAUGGAUAUGGAGGAUGAAUUUAUUAUAAGAAGACAAGAAAACCCUUAUGGGGUCAUUGGGUCGGAUGGAUUUGAAGCUCCUGGGUCAACCACGGUGGAUCCAUUUAGAAAUCAAACACCCAAGAUUGAAGGGGUUUAUGAAUGGGUCAAGAUGUUGGUGAUUUUGCCUAUAGCUUUGGUUCGUCUUGUAUUGUUUGGAUUGUGUUUGUUGGUUGGGUAUAUUGCUACAAAAUUUGCUUUACAUGGUUUGAAAGAUAAGCAGAAUCCAAUGCCAAAAUGGAGAUGUAGGGUUAUGUGGAUCACCAGAUUCACUGCCAGGGGGAUUCUAUUUUCAUUUGGCUACCAUUGGAUUAAUAGAAAGGGGAAACCUGCUCCAAGGGACGUUGCUCCAAUUCUUGUAUCUAAUCAUGUAUCAUAUAUUGAUCCAAUCUUCUUUUUCUACGAAUUAUCUCCAACAAUCGUUGCAUCAGAGUCCCAUGAUUCCAUGCCCUUUGUUGGAACCAUCAUUAGAGCUAUGCAGGUGAUAUAUGUGAAUCGUUUCUCACAUCAAUCACGGAAGCAUGCUGUAAAUGAAAUAAAGAGAAAGGCCUCUAGCAACAGAUUUCCUCGCGUACUUUUGUUUCCCGAGGGAACCACGACCAAUGGAAGGCAGCUUAUUUCUUUCCAACUUGGUGCAUUUCUUCCUGGUUAUCCUAUACAACCCGUGGUGAUCCGCUAUCCCCAUGUACAUUUUGAUCAAUCAUGGGGUCAUAUUACUGUUGCGAUGCUCAUGUUUAGAAUGUUCAUGCAAUUCCACAAUUUCAUCGAGGUCGAAUAUCUUCCCGUUAUGGCACCCUCACAACAUCACAAAGAAAGUGCAGCUCGUUUUGCCGAGAGGACUGGGAGAGCCAUGGCUUCUGCUCUCAAUGUUGUACAAACAUGUCAUUCUUUUGCAGAUUAUGCGCUUCUUUCAAAAGCUUCCAACGCUGGACAGAAAAGCUUGUCGCCCUUUAUGGUUGAAAUGACAAAAAUUCAAAAGUUAUGCCAUUUGACUUCUGCAGAAGCUGUUGACCUCUUGGAUAGAUUUCUUGCGAUGAAUCCUGAUAUCAGUGGAUGUGUUAAAAUACAUGAUUUCAUGAGGGUUUUGAGAUUGAAGCCUUCUACCCUUUCUGAACAGAUUUUUGGAUUCAUUGAUGUCGACAAGAACGGAGUUAUAACCUUCAAAGAGUUUUUGGUAGGAUCGGCUCACAUCCUGAAGCUGCCCGUAUUCCGGCGAGCAUGUGAAAUGGCCUUUACUCAAAGUGACGAAAAUAAAGAUCAUUACAUUUCGAUACAAGAAUUUGGAGGUUCCGCCAGCCCCGCCAUUCCCAACUUGAGCACGAGCGAGAUGCACACACUCUUCAAUCUAUUCGACACCGAUGGUGACGGUAAAAUCAGCAAAGAUGAUUUCAUGACAUGCUUAAGAAGAAACCCAUUGCUCAUUGCACUGUUCUUGCAUCAUUUCAUUGAUAAAGAUUUGACUGCGGAAACAGGUUCGGAUGAAAUUGUUUGACGGGUUUGGAUCAAAAGUUUUCGUUUUUUUUUGCUUGGUUUUAUAUAGUUGUGCCCUUUUCCAGCGGUAAGAAUCGAAUCCGGGGUAAUGUAUAACUUUUAAUGCAUAACGUACAAGUUGUUAUAGCGCUGGAAAAGGAAUUAUUUGAUGGGUAUUUUUUGGUUUUUAGGGGGGGGAGGAGGGAUUGAAAUUGAUUUCUCUUUGUGGGUAUAUUUUGGUUGUGAAAUAUGUACCAAUGAAUUUUGUUUUACUUUGACUUUGACUUUUUUGAUCAACACAAAUAUAGUAAGAAAAGAAUGAUUCUUGUUAUGUUGUUUUUUUUUGUUUUGGUUUCUAUUUUGGGGAAUUUGUUUUUUAUGAUGCGACGGGCGUGUCGUUUUUAUGCAAUUAUGUAUGUGUUCUGGUUAAACUGUUGAACAUAAUGACUCGAAAU